AUAGUCUCUGACAGACAGCUGUAAGCAUGCAAUGGACCAAUAAAACCAACUGAUUCAAUAAUAUACAGCUAUAAAGUCAGACCAUGUAUCGAACCUAGUCACUGCUCUUCUAACAGCCUUUCGUUCACGACGCGUUUUGCCUUAGCCUAUUAUCGCUUAAGCCUUUGCGACUACCAAGUACCAACAUGAUGAAAUCUGUCGGUCUUGUCCUUCUCACAGCAACCUUUGCCUACUCCGGUGCUGAAGGUGCAAAUGCGUGUGCAACGGUCCUCCAAGCCAAAUGGUUGAACUACGGUGGAAGCUCCAUGCCGCUUUCUGCCUUUACCGCCUGCAGUUCGGAUCCGGCGUCACAGGCCGCCUUGAAUGCCGUCAACGGAGUUAAUUCCGGCUGCAUGGGCUACAACUUCCUUGUUGGCCCUCUCAAAUGCGAAGUUGGCAUGGCUCCCGUCUUGAAAUGUUUAGCGGGAAAACUUGGUUACUUGAAAGCUGAUGGCUCCAUCAACAACACAAAGAUCUUCGCCCAGUUUAAGACUGAUGCCACCAGCGACCCUACGUGCAACCUUGCUCAGUACAACUUCGCUGUGAAUAAAUGUGGUACUACCAUCAACAACUACGCGUUCCUGGCGAAGGUCUACUGCAUCAUCACGGCAACGGAUCAGUACACUGGGUGACCUGGGCCUUAUUCCUGCAUUGAGAUGGCGGCUUUGAAGUGUUCACAAUAUACAAGGUCUGAAACAACAGGUGCACAAUAAUAAUUAGGGGACCACUUUCUCCAGUUAAUGCAUCCACGUGCAGUAAAAAUUGUCUAAUCAGAAGUUCAUUGUAAUUUGUGAAAUUAUAAAUUCAAUAACAUCCUAUUAUAAAUUAUUAUUAUAUUCAACAGGGAAAUUGAAACACUUCUGUAACAGGCUAACAGCGAAUCAUGUUGCAUAUAUUGUGUCAAGAAAUUUCCAUUUGAUGCUCUUGAAAUUAUUAGAAUUAGAGCUCAAUGUAAUGUGGCUUGUGUAGAAGUUUAAAUAUCAAAGCGUAAAACGAAUCAUUACAACUUAAAUAUAAUCAGAAAUCCUAAUGGGCCAAGCGUUCCUUGCCCUGCUGCGAACCUCUGCACUUGUUUUUACUUCUCCUGACAUAUUGAAAAAGUAUCUGAACACUUCAACAAUGGAACUUUUACACAGCUUUGGCAAAAUAAUUUACAAUACAUUAUGUGCAUGAA